AUCGUUAUUAAUGUUAUUAUCAUAGAUCUAUUAACUUGUUGAUACGUCUAUGGUCAUUAUCCACUUUGCUAAUUUGCUUUCAUCCAUGAUAGUCCAUAUUUAUAUUUAGAUGAUAAAAAUAUAAAAUACCUGUACAACUGUUAAAAAAUUAAUUAAAUGUCAAUAUUCUGACUAUGUCCUAUGUUUUCACAGUUUCACCCUGUCUGCCAAGUGCCAACUGUUUCUAGUGCUUCCUUUCGGCAGUACACGUCACGUACUCAAGUACUUUAAAGUGUUUUCUACAUGGUCCAAUUGUCAAAACAAGUUCUCUAAUGAUACCAUGAUAGUUUGAUACGUCAUUUCUUCGUUCAUCGACUUUUUCAUAUAUUGUUUAUGCAGUAUCUAAAAUUAAUGAGUAAGUAUGAAAUAAAAUCAUGAAUGCUAAUGAUAUGAUACAUUAGCUACCUAGUGAAACCAAUGAUCACUCAAAACAAUCCAUAAUGGAUGUUGGUGAAACAAUUGAAUCUGACUGGAAAGAAGUGGUGGACAACUUUCAUGACAUGAAUUUAAAAGAAGGAUUGUUGUGUAGCAUCUACGGAUGUGGUUUUGAAAAACCAUCACCUAUUCAACAGCGAGCUAUUUUGCCAUGCAUCAAGGGACACAAUGUUAUUCUUCAAGCAAAAUCUGGUACUGGAAAGACAACUUGUGUUUUGAUUUCUAUUCUCCAACAAAUAGACACUUGCUUAAACAAUUGCCAAGCUCUCAUUUUGGCCCCAACACGUGAUUUGGCUUUGAAAAUUCAAAAGAUGGUUUUCAAUUUGGGCGAGUUCAUGAAAAUAUGUUGUUGUGUUUACAUUGGUGGAACAAACAUUCGUGAUGAUAUGCGUGAAAUGAAAAUUGGAUCACAUAUAGUUGUUGGCACUCCUGGCCGUGUUUAUGACAUGAUUGCUAGGAACUCCCUACAAACUCAAUUUGUCAAAAAAUUUGUGUUGGUUGACGCUUCAAGACUUUUAUCUCCUAGUUUUGACGAUCAAAUUAAAAAUGUGUUAAAGUCCCUUGAAGAAGCUACUCAGGUCAUUUUGUUGUCUAAUCAAACAUCCAUGACAUUUUUGGAGAAGAGCACUCACUACAUGACUAAUCCUAUACACAUUCUUAUGCAAGAAGAACUAGCAUUGGGAGCUAUUAAACAAUGUUACGCCAAUAGUACUGAGGAAAAUGAUAAAAAAAAUAGACAACCUGGUGAUGGCAAUAACUAUUCGGGACCACUGGUCACAGUUUAUAGUGGAACUAGUGAGUAUGACUGGAGUAAAGUGGUGAAAAACUUCCAUGAGUUGAAUUUAAAAAAAGAAUUGCUACGUGGAAUGUGUGAAUAUGGUUUUGAAAAACCAUUAGAUAUUCAAGAGCGAGCCUUUUUACCAUGUAUCAUGGGACAUGAUGUCAUUAUUCAAUCUCCGCCUUGUACUGGCAAGACAACUUCUGUUUUGAUCACCAUUCUCCAAAAUAUCGAUACUAGCUUGAACGAGUGUCAAGCAUUAAUUUUAACAUCAACUCAUAAGUUGACGAAGAAGAUUAUAAAGGUGGUUAAUGGUGUUGGUGACUUUAUGAAAGUAGAUUGUCAGGCUUGCAUUGAUGGAAAGACAAUUUGUAAUACUAUGCGUAAGAUGGAUACUUUUCCCCAUGUAGUGGUGGGCACUCCUGAUUGUAUUUCAAAUUUGAUAGCGGGGAAUUUACUACGGACAAAAUUUAUCAGUAUAUUUGUGUUGGACGAAUCAAAUUAUAUUUUGAAUCGUGGUUACAAAGAUCAAAUUAAAAAGGUGUACAUGUCCCUUGCAAAAGAUAUUCAGGUUGUUUUUUUGUCCAAUCAAAUGUCCAAGAAUGCUUUAGAUGUCCUGCUUGAGAUCACUCACUUACUGAGAAAUCCGGUACAUAUUUUUCUACAGACAGAAAUACUAACAUUAGAUGCUAUUAAGCAGUUUCACAUCAAUAUUAAUAAAGAAAUUGAGACAAAAAAUGAACAUCCUAGUGAAACUAAAGAUUGCUCACUCGUGGAAAAUGGUGAAACAAUUGAAUCUGACUGGAAAGAAGUGGUGGACAACUUUCAUGACAUGAAUUUAAAAGAAGGAUUGUUGUGUAGCAUCUAUGGAUGUGGUUUUGAAAAACCAUCAACUAUUCAACAGCGCGCUAUUUUGCCAUGCAUCAAGGGACACAAUGUUAUUGUUCAAGCAAAAAUUGGUACUGGAAAGACGACUUGUGUUUUGAUUUCUAUUCUCCAAAAAAUAGACACUUGCCUAAACAAUUGCCAAGCUCUCAUUUUGGUCCCAACACGUGAUUUGGCUUUGAAAAUUCAAAAGAUGGUUUUCAAUUUGGGCGAGUUCAUGAAAAUAUGUUGCCGUGUUUGCGUUGGUGGAACAAACAUUCGUGAUGAUAUGCGUGAAAUGAAAACUGGAUCACAUAUAGUUGUUGGCACUCCUGGCCGUGUUUAUGACAUGAUUGCUAGGAACUCCCUACAAACUCAGUUUAUCAAAAUAUUUGUGUUGGUUGACGCUUCUAAACUUUUAUCUCCUAGUUUUGACGAUCAAAUUAAAAAUGUGUUAAAGUCCCUUGAAGAAGCUACUCAGGUCAUUUUGUUGUCUAAUCAAACAUCCAUGACAUUUUUGGAGAAGAGCACUCACUACAUGACUAAUCCUAUACACAUUCUUAUGCAAGAAGAACUAGCAUUGGGAGCUCUUAAACAGUUUUACGUCAAUGAUCCUAAGGAAAAUGAUAGAAUUAUUGAACAUCCUACUGAAACUAAGGAUUACUCUUGGUCAACCAUAGAUGAUGGUGGAAAAAUUGAGCCUGAAUGGAGAGAAUUGGUGGACAAUUUUCGUGGCAUGAACUUAAAAGAAGAACUGUUAAGUGGUAUCUAUAAAUAUGGUUUGAAAAAGCCAACACUUAUUCAACAGUGUGCUAUUUCGCAAUGCAUCAUGGGGCAUGAUGUCAUUGUUAAAUCUCCACCUGGUACUGGUAAGACAACUUCUGUUUUGAUUUCCAUUAUCCAACAAAUUGAUCCUAGUUUAAACGAGUGCCAAGCACUUAUUUUAACACCAACAGAUAAGUUGGCUAUACAGAUCCAAAAGGCGGUUAUUGCAUUUGGCGACUUAAUAAAAGCAGAUUGUCAUGCUUGCGUUGGGUGGACAAACCCUAAUUCUAAUAUGCAUGAGCCAAAUACUUCAUUCCAUGUAGUGGUUGGCACACCUAAUAAUGUUUUUGCCUUGAUUGCUAAAAAAUCACUACACACUAAAUAUAUCAAAAUAUUUGUGUUGGAUAAUGCUAAUAAAUUAUUGGCUAAUACAAAUGAAGAUCAAGUUAGAAAUGUGUUCAAUUUUCUUGGAAAAGAUACUCAGGUCAUUAUGUUGUCUAGAGAAAUGGAUAAAAAUGUUAUAGAUGCGAGUACUUAUUUUAUGCUUAAUCCUAUAAAAAUUCUUGUGGAUAAAAAAAUGAAAGAAUUGAAAACAAAUAAAACGUUUCAUAUCAACAUUAAUAAGGUAAAUUAUACAAACGAUAGACAUCUUAUCAAAACUAAGGAUUACUCAGGAGGUCUUUUGGACGAUGGUAGAAAAAUUGAGCCUGACUGGAAAGAAUUGGUGGACAAUUUUCGUGAUAUGAACUUAAAAGAAGAACUGUUAAGUGGUAUUUAUGAAUAUGGUUUAGAAAAGCCAACACCUAUUCAACAGCGUGCUAUUUUGCCAUGCAUCAUGGGGCAUGAUGUCAUUGUGAAAUCUCCAGGUGGUACUGGCAAGACAACUUCUGUUUUGAUUUCCAUUAUUCAAAAAAUUGAUCCUAGUUUAAACGAGUGCCAAGCACUUAUUUUAACAACAACAAAAAAGUUGGCUAAACAGAUUCAAAAGGCGGUUAUUGCAUUUGGUGACUUAAUAAAAGCAGAUUGCCAUGCUUGCGUUGGGUGGACAAACCCUAAUUCCAAUAUGCAUGAGCCAAAGAAUUUAUUCCAUGUAGUGGUUGGCACACCUAAUCGUGUUUUUCCCUUGAUUGCUAAAAGAUCACUAGAUACUAAAUAUAUCAAGAUAUUUGUGUUGGAUGAAGCUAAUGAAUUAUUGGCUCAUAAAAACCAAGAUCAAGUUAAAGAUUUGUUCAAUUUUCUUGGAAAAAAUACUCAGGUCAUUAUGUUGUCUAGAAAAAUGGAUAAAAAUUUUGUAGAUGCGAGCACUUAUUUUAUGCUUAAUCCUAUAAAAAUUUUUGUGGAUAAAAAAAUAAAAGAAUCAAAAACAAAUAAAACGUUUCAUAUCAACAUUAAUAAGGUAAAUUAUACAAAUGAUAGACAUCUUAUUAAAACUAAGGAUUACUCAGAAGGUCUUUUGGACGAUGGUAGAAAAAUUGAGUCCGACUGGAAAGAAGUUAUGAACAACUUUCAUGAUAUGAAUUUGAAUGAAGAAUUGAUUUGUAGCAUCUAUAAAUGUGGUUUUGAAAAACCAUUAGAUAUUCAACAGCGAGCUAUUUUGCCAUGCAUAAUGGGACACAAUGUCAUUAUUAAAUCUCCACAUGGUAGUGGCAAGACAACUUCUAUUUUGAUAAACAUUCUCCAACAAAUUGAUACUAGUUUGAACGAGUGCCAAUCACUAAUUUUAACACCAACUCGUAAAUCGGCUAAGGAGAUUAAGAAGAUGUUUGUUGUUCUGGGUGAAUUUAUUAAAGCACAUUGCCAUGUUUGCAUUGGCAGAAAAAACAUUUGUGUUGAUUUGCGUGAGUUGCAAAUGGGUUCACAUGUACUGGUCGGAACUCCUGGCCGUGUUUAUGACGUGUUGACUAGAAGCUCAUUGCAAACUCAAUUUAUCAAGAUAUUUGUGUUAGAUGAAGCUUUUAAAAUGUUAUCUGAUGAUAGCGUUGACAAUCAAAUUAAAAGAAUUUUCCAGUGCCUUGUAGAAGAUACUCAGGUUAUUUUAUUAUCUAAUCAAAUGUCCAAGAAAGUUUUGGAUAAGAGCACUCAAUACAUGAGGAAUCCUAUUCACAUUAUUGAACAGGAAGGAGAACUAACAUUGGAAGCUAUCAAACAAUUUUACGUCAACAAUACUAAAAAAAAUGAAGCAAAUAAUGGUGGACCUAUCAAGUAUGACUGGGAUGAGGUGGUGGACAACUUUCAUGAGAUGAAUUUAAAAGAAGAAUUGUUACGUGGUAUCUUUGACUAUGGUUUUGAAAAGCCUACAGCUGUUCAACAGCGCGCUAUUUUGCCGUCAAACAAGGGACAUGACGUCAUUAUUCGGGCUCAAUCUGGUACUGGAAAGACAACAUCUGUUUUGAUUUCUAUUCUGCAACUAAUUGAUACUAGUUUAAACGAGUGCCAAGCACUAGUUUUUACACCAACAUUUGAGUUGGCCCAGCAAAUUCAAAAUAUUGUUACUGCUUUGGGUAAGUCAAUGAAAGCAAAUUGCCAUGUUUGUAAAAGUAUUCGUGAUUAUAACUUCAAACUAGAUUCCAUCUCCCAUAUUAUAGUUGGAACAAACUCUUGUAUUUCUGAUUUGAUUGCUAGAAAAUAUAUAAGGACAAAAUUUAUCAAGAUAUUUGUGUUGGACGAAGCUAAUGAGCUAAUGUCUCAACCUUUCAAAGAUCAUAUUAAAAUGGUUUUUAAGUUUAUCGAAAAUGAUAUGCAGGUAAUUUUUUUGUCUAAUCAAAUGUCCAAGAAUGAUUUGGAUUUGGACGAUAUGACUCACUUCCUGAAAAAUCCUGUACGGAUUCUUCUACAGAAAGAAAAACUAACAUUGAAUGCCAUCGAACAGUUUGACAUGAAUAUUACUAAGGAACCUGAGAUAAACAAUCAACAUCAUGGUGAAACUAAAGAUUGCUUUGGAUUACUCAUGGACGAAGGUGAAGCAAUUGCGUCUGACAGGGAAGAAGUUGUAGAAAACAUCCAUGCCAUCGAACAGUUUGACAUGAAUAUUACUAAGGAACCUGAGAUAAACAAUCAACAUCAUGGUGAAACUAAAGAUUGCUUUGGAUUACUCAUGGACGAAGAUGAAGCAAUUGUGUCUGACUGGGAAGAAGUUGUAGAAAACAUCCAUGAGAUGAAUUUAAAUGAUGAAUUGUUGCGUGGCAUCUAUGAAUAUGGUUUUGAAAAGCCUACAGCUAUUCAACAGCGCGCUAUUUCGCAAUGCAUCAAGGGGCAUGAUGUUAUUGUCCAGGCACAAUCUGGUACUGGAAAGAUAACUGCUGUGUUGAUUUCAAUCCUCCAACAAAUAAAUACUAGUUUGAACAAGUGUCAAGCCCUCAUUAUGGUACCUUCAUUUGAGAUUGCUCAUCAGAUUCAAAAUGUGCUUAAUGUGUUGGGUAAAUUCAUGAAAGCAGAAUGUUGUGCUUGCACUGGCUUAAAGAACGUCUACGAUUAUGUACGUGAGCUGAAUACUUUCCCCCAUGUAGUGGUUGGGACUCCUUCUUGUGUUCAUGAUUUAAUUAAUAAAUGUCUUUUACGGAGUAAAUUUAUCAAUAUAUUUGUAUUGGUGGAACCUAAUUUAUUGUUUUAUCGAGGUAGUAAAGUUCAAAUUGUAAAGGUGUUCAAGUCCCUAGAAGAAAAUACCCAGGUUAUUUUAUUAUCUAGUCAAAUGUAUAAAAAAGCUUUAGAUGAGAGCACUCAAUUUGUGAGUAAUCCGGCACUCAUUAUUAUGCAGAAAGAAGAACUAACACUGGAAGCUUUCAAACAAUUUUACAUCAACAAUUCUCAGAAAAUUGAGACUCUCAAUGGACGUUCCAGCAAAUCUAUUAACUACGUUCUGUACUCAGAACCACCUAAGAUGGAUGUUGGUGGGACUAUUGACUCUGACUGGAAUGUUGUGGUAGAUAACUUUCAUGACAUGAAUUUAAAAGAAGAAUUGUUGCGUGGUAUUUAUCAAUAUGGUUUUGAAAAGCCAUCCUCUACUCAACUGCGUAUUUUUUUGUCAUGCAUUAUGGGACAUGACAUUAUUGUUCAGACUCAAUCUGGUGUUGGAAAGACAACUGCUGUGGUGAUUUCAAUUCUUCAACAAAUAGAUACUAGUUUGAACGAGUGCCAAGCACUCAUACUGGUUCCGUCAGUUGAGUUGGCUCGCCAGAUUCAAAAGGUGGUUAUUGAUUUGGGUAAAUUCAUAAAUGCAGAUUGUCAUGCUUGCAUUGGUAUUGAACAGUAUUGUGGUUAUAUUCAAGAGCCAUAUACUGUCUCCCAUAUCGUGGUUGGGACACCAGCCUGUGUUUCUGAUUUGAUUUGUAGAAAAUCACUAAGAACUCAAUUUAUCGAGACAUUUAUGUUGGAGGAACCUAAUAAACUGUUGUCUGGGAGUAUCAACAUUCAUAUCGAAAAGAUCAUAGGAUCCCUUGAUAAAGGUACUCAGGUGAUAUUAUUAUCUAAUCAAAUGUCCGAAAAAUCUUUUUAUGAGAGCUCUUACUUCAUGAGUAAUCCAGUACACAUUUUUAUGCAGAAAGAUGUAUUAACAUUGGAUUCCAAUUUGGAAGGCAUAAAACAUUUUUUUGUCAACUUCACCAUGGAAGAAUGUAAAUUUGACAGUUUAUGCAAUUUGUUUGAUACUCUAAGUAUUACCCAGGUUGUGAUAUUUUGUAACACAUGCUAUAAAGUAGAGUGUUUGACUGAGAGUAUGCGUUUGAAAAGAUUCAACGUAUCGGCUAUGCAUCGAGAAAUGGAUCGUCAGCAAAACAUUAAAACUUUGUUUCACUUCCAUUCUGGCUCUAUUCGUGUACUAGUCACCACUCAUAUGUUUGUUCGUACUAUUGAUGUACAACAAGUGUCUCUGGUUAUCAACUAUGAUUUGCCAUCUGAUUGCGAGAACUUUAUUCAUGAUAUAGAACGUUCUUGCUAUGUUGCACUUAAAGGAGUCGUCAUUAAUUUCAUCAUCGAGGACGAAAAUCAAUCAAACGAAACCAAUAACUACUCAGGACCACUCGUCACAGUUGACACGGGAAAUAUUGAGUAUGACUGGAAAGAAGUGGUGGACAACUUUCUUGACAUGAACUUUAAAGAACAAUUGUUACUUGGUAUCUGUAAAUAUGGUUUAGAAAACCCUACACCAAUUCAACAGCGCGCUAUUUUGCCAUGCAUCCAGGGGCAUGAUGUUAUUGUUCAGGCCCAAUCCGGUACUGGAAAGACAACUUCUGUUUUGAUUUCCAUUCUCCAGCAAAUUGAUACCAGUUUGAAAGAGUGCCAAGCCCUCAUAUUGGCACCUUCGCGGAAGUUGGCGCAGGAGAUUCAUAAGGUGGUUAUUGCUUUUGGCGAUUUUAUGAAAGCAGAUUGUUAUGCCUGCGUUCAUCAAAUUAACACGGAAGACAUUUUUCCUCCUGUACCCCAUCAUAUAGUGGUUGGUACUCCCGCCUGUGUUCAUGAUUUAGUUAUUAGAAAAUGUUUACAAACUCAAUUCAUCAAGAUAUUUGUGUUGGAUGAAGCUAAUAAACUGUUGAAUCAAAGUAUCAAAAAUUCAAUUAAUGGGGUGUUUAAGGAGCUCGAAGAUGGUAUUCAGGUCAUUUUGUUGUCUAAUCCAAUGCCUGAGAACAUUUUGGAUGUGAGCACUCAUUUCUUGCGUAAUCCUGUACGCAUUCAUAUGCAGAAAUAGUUUUUUUUUCUAAUUCUUAGUGUCAUUAACAUGGUAAGAAAGAUUUAUCGAUUUGACAACUAGAUAUUUCAAUAAUAAUUGGUUGUACAAAGAUGAAGUUUUUAAUUUUUAAUGAAGCUAAAUGUUUUUCUUUUUUAUUUAUUAUUAUUAAUUUAAAGUUCUUGUGUAUUAUUUUGAAUUAUAUUUAUUUUUGAACUUUGUCGCUAUAAUAUUCUACUGUUCACAUCUAAACAAUUAUUUUGGCAUCAAUUUAUGUUUUUACUGUUAAAAAUGAUA